AAAAAGGCGGGAAUAUAUGUAAAACUGACCAUUCUUUAACUUUUUAAAGGGAUAUUCGAGCUUAUGAGAAUUAAGCUUGUCAUAAUAUUGGAGACGUAGCAUUACAAUUAAGUAUCAGUAAUUCGUACUAGUUUUGCUUACAUUAAAAUACAUUGAUCAUGAACUUAUUGGAAACUGCAAGACACAGGGUGAACGCUUCUCAUCUUGCUCAGUUUCAGGGAAAACCUAUUUGUAUAUUAGGGACUGUUGUUCAGAUUGAUAAUUCUGGAAAGUCUUUCAAAAUGAAAUCGAGUGAUAAUCAAGUGAUCACAGUCAUCAUGGAGGAGCCUUUGGGAGAACUUCUUCAAGGUGUAAUUGAAGUUGAGGGUGUUGUCCACAAUCCUAAGGCAGUGGUUUGCAAACGCUAUUUUAUGUUUCCUCAAGAAGCAGCUGAAGAAUUUGAUAUAAAUUUGCAUAAUGAAGCUGUUAAGUUGGUGAACCAGUACCAGAACUUCUAUCAGUGCGUGACAGAUUGAACAUACUGAAAAGUUUCCCCACGUAACACUAAUGAAGACUAUAAUAGAUAUUAUGUAAGCCUACUCUUCGUAAAACUGUUGUUAAUAUGCUUUAUGAAAUAUAAAGCUGUUUAAAAGAAAUUGUCUAAACUUGGUAAAAAAAAUUACCUUGUCUGGACAGAAACAGUAACAUACAUCUUUUUAAAAGAUUUACUGUGAUUAGUACUGUACAUAUGAAUUGAUUGUAGUCGCACUGUUUGUUUUAACCCAUAACACAAUUUUUUUUUUUUGUUAUGAUAGAAAAUACAUUUUGCAGUGACUGUAAUAUUUUCAUACAAUGUCAUUAUAUUAACACAGAAAAUUAUAUUGGUACCUUUCCAAUUGAAACUGAUUAAGCAUUCAGAAGACAGAAUAAGUGUGUUCUAGAAACAAAAAAGAAAGAGAGAGAGAGAGAAAUUUUAUACUAGUAUUUUUCAAUAUUUACAUGUUUUUUGAUACUAAAAUCAAUAUUAAAGUCUUAACUGUGCAUCUUCAGAUCUUGUUUUGUUUGCUUUUUAUUGAUCAGGCCAAGAAGGACAGAUCAGUUGAGUUCUACAUAAAGAUAAAACUUAACCAUGCUGAUUAGACUUUUUAUCAUUUAUAAGUGUUUUAACAACUUACUCCAAACCUCACAUUCAAAUGCAAUAUUUGACAAGUAAACAAAUUGCUUGUUUCAAACUUAAUAAGCUAUAUAAAUAAUAUGUUUAAAUAAAUAUGAGAUGUAUAUGCAUAAUUUAUCAUGAAAUAUAAAUUAAUAUAAUCUGAGACUUUCCACCAUAAAUAAACACUGACUGUAAUUUCAAAUGUUUUACUAUUUUAACUUGGAAACACCAUUACAUUAUCCAGUGGGAGCUCUGUAAUAUUAUUGAACAUGUAAAAAUAUAAUAAACAUCUUCAUAGGUUUAAA